AUGACGCAAUGUCAGGCAAGCCGCACCGCCCUGAACCGCUUCGACCCUAAGUACGCCUCGUUCGGGCCGCGCGCGCCGCGCCUGCGCCCCGCCGCGCCCGCGCCGCCGCUCGCCACCUUCACCCCGCACCCGCACCCCCGCCCCGCGCACACCCUGCCCCACCCGCAGCACCACAACCCGCACCCGCCCCCGCCCCGCCCGCAGCUGCCGCGCGAGCUCCCGAGGGAGCCGAGGGAGCAACGAGAGCCGAGGGAGCAGAGGGAGCAAAGGGAGCCAAGGGAGCUCCCGCGGGAGCCGAGGGAGCAGGAUAAAUAUGCUACGGUGCGGCCGCCGAGGCGGACGGAACCGCAGCCGCUGUCGGCCGCCGCGCUCGAGUAUAGAUCGCUUCAGCGACCGCGGCGACAGCAGCCGGCGCCCAACACGGGCACCACGCACCGCCGCCGCCCCGACCGCCCGCAGCCGCAGCACGACCACCGCGACCUCUACGCCGUCACUGAACUCUAAACUCUAUCCCCAACCUGUAAGGUGCAAAUUCGAACGCGGCGCGAACGGCGCUUACGACCUUCUUUAUUAAGCGACUUAUUGAACUCUAAGCUUUAUCCUCAACCCGCAAGGUGCAAAACACGACGCAGCGCAAACGGUGCCGCCGCCUGCAUGCUAUCAUUGAACUUUAAACCCUAUCCUUUCCCUCGCAAGGUGCGAUCUCCGGCGCGACACGAACGACGCAUACCACCUUCUCAUAGUGCACAGUGAUUCGGAUUUCGAUUUUUAAAUUUCGAACGCCUCCGUUCGGGAAGCGUUGAAAGUGCUAAGAGUGAAAACGGUUGGUACUAAAUUAUUGAAAGACUUUCAAACGACCCCGUGUUUUUAGGGUAAAUACGGUAGUCGAAGCGAUACUUAAUGAAUUUUCGAAAUAAAUGUGACAUUUUUAUCUAACUGUUCGUAAACGGUCAGUAUUCUUUUCGUCACGUUUGUGGCGUCCGAAAGUUUUUAGCUAAAUUUUAAAAAACGUUAAGUAGAGUGAUUAAUUAUAAUUAUAAAGGAUAUCUUAUUAGAACCAUAGUGAAGCGGUUUUUCUUGCCAUAAGCAUGCAAUAAUUGUAAUUUGUGUUGUUGAAAAUGGAGACUAUUAAGUAAGGAUGCUCAAAUCUCAAGGAAUAAUAAAUGUUGGUCUAAUGUGUGUUAUGAACGGCGUUAAUUUAUUCAAACGUUAGAUAAGAGAUUUUUUUAAUAGCACAAAUAUUUAACAAAAUUUCGAUGCGGUUUUUACCAGUUUGGAAAAGGCCUAUUAUUUUUACUGGUUUUUCAUAGCUUAGAAUGAUUUUUGGUAAAAAUGUGACCUUACUUUUUCUAGUAUCAUUUGAUCAUGUCCACAUGAAGGCUGUGCCAGUAAAGUUUAACGACCAAUAACAUAAUUUUUUGAAAACUUUCUUAUUAAAAAAAAGUGAAAAUACAAAAAUUUCUCAAGAGUCCUCUCUUGUCUGACUGUGUGUUUUUGAAUCGGUUUUCGCUCAAUAGACGUAAGUAACUCUGGUUAAGACAACGGAUUUUGAAACUUAUCUGUUGGUAUUUAGACGCUUUUUAGCGGAAGUGCUAGAAAGAUGCCAAAUAGUAGCGAGUUACACUUGGCAACUCAUAGUUGCUGAAAUCGGAAACUUUUUUGCGAAUUUCAAAUGCACAAGGAUUAAACGAUAGUCAAAAAACGCACACAUUGCAAUGACUAUGAUUUUCGACCUUGUGCCAUUUGAAAUUCGUCUCAAAAUUCCUAGGCAGCAUUAGCAAGGCUUGAAGCCUGUAGGAACCUGUCUUAACGUGUAUAUAACUGUAAUAUACGACUCGAAGUUACUGUAGUGUGUGUGAACGUUUUAUUGACUUGUAUAUUUGAACGGAUAACCUAGAACCUCUUAUGAUGCUCCGUGAUCCAACUAAGUUUUCCAAGCUUUUAGCGUUGCAAAAGCAACCAUGCUGUGAGCAAAAUAAUGUUCAAAAUCGACUGCGUAAGAGAUUGGAAAAUUUAGAUGGUUAAAGUCAGCUCAAUACGGACUGGAAACGUAGCAAACCUUUUGUAAAUAGAUUGUAGUCUUCUUAAACUUAAAUAACGUAGACUUUUUAAUUUAAUGUUUAAUCGAACUAAAUGAACAUUCCAUCUCGAGGGUAUUGGAAUUUCAACUUUGACCUUCUGUAAAUAAGGUUCAAAAUGAACUGUUAUGUGACAAAGUAGGGGAUGAUAUUUAACAUAAUGAACGUACUGCUAUCGCUGUAACACCACAAUUAUAUUAAUAAUAAUAUUUAAAGAAAUGUGAUCAUGAAAGGUUAGAACAAUUUUGACGAUCAUUUUUGAUUAGUCUUAAUUUGUAAGUGUUUAAGUUAUUAUUUUUCAUUUUUAAUAAUUAUCUGGUGACUAAGUGCUUGGGACUUUCCCGUUUAGUCACUCUUGGUGCAUUCCUCUUUACUUUACAGUAAAGGAGGAAAACAUAAUACUUACUAAUAGUAAAUAAAGUAACCUAACUUAUUUUAGAUAAGUACAAGGUAAAUAAGAGCUCCAUGGCGCAGACGAGCUGUCAAAAGCAUGUUUUGUAUAAUUUAUACUUUAUCUGUAUCCGUAAAGCCAAUUUCCUGGUCACUUUUCUAAUGUAUAAAAUAGUCUUAUUAUCUAUUAUUAAAGCGUAGUUUUAAGUGAAAAGGUACCACUUACAGAGCGGAAUGUUUUAUACUUCAGUAUUAAUAGAGAAUUUUGUGAGACUUUACAACGAGUUUAGUACAUUUUUUACAUCUUUUUUUUCAUAAGUUUCACGGUACCGCAAGCAGUGUAUUCGCCAAAGAUAUGCAUAAUUUAAUUUAAUUAGUGCUAAGAAUUAAGGUUAAGCUUAAAAUAUAGGUUUGGGGACGGUCAUAUCGCAUUUUUCUCAUAUACUAAAUACUAAACAAACCGCAUUAUGAAGCAC